GUCACCUUCUCUGUAUAUUCCUUGGCAAGGUGUUACAGUCCGAUACUGCUGUAGCACUGGGAAACUUCUUUGAUCAGACGGAUCACAUUGUUUUCAUUUGGGCUGCAUUCAAACAUAUAUUGUCGCAAACUUAAGCAGGGAGAAUAAAGAGUAGACAUUCGAGGUUGAAAAAUUAUUUAUUGUCUCUAAGUAAAGUAAACAUGCUGGAACACACCAGAGAGACAUGUGGCUGGUGUGUUUGUAUGUCCCACUAAUACGAGUUUGUACGUUAGGCAAAAUUUUCAUGCAAUACUUUUUUCUUUAUAUGCUUUUGCCCAUCUUAGUGUUGUCCUAUCCAAUAUGGAGUGGCUUUUACUGCAUAUGAAUGCAUAAUUCAGGAGUGUUUUCAUAUAUUGGACUAGCUGCAGCUUUAAGGUGCCAUCGUGCAGUACUGAUUCCAAUCAUCAGCCAUCGCUUGAAACUCUUAACUAGGGAACAUGAUUCUAGAGGCUAGAUUUUCAUGCAAAUACACACUUUCAACGAGAGUUCGAGGUAACUCGUUACUGUUCCUUUUCUUGGUAACUAUAUAACUUAACUCGCUACUUUUGCGUCGUGGUAACUUUCAGAGGAACUCCUUUUUCAGGUAACUUUGCCAAAGUAACUUAAGCUAAUUCCAUGAUAAGGCAAGCCUGAGCGAUGGGCAAGACACGUACACAAACACGAAGGCUUAAAGGGACGGUCUCGUACAGCCGGGGCGAUUCCGAAACUUACCCAAAACUAUAUUCACGAGUGCUCUACAAGUACAACCGUGAAAGUUUCAUUCGGAAUAACGCAGCCGUUUUCGAGGAAUUUGCCGAAACACAUCGUAAUAGCAGACGACGGAACCUGCGCUUCCCUCUCAUGUAACGUCACGUAUGACGUCGACCCGCGGGUGGCUCUGGUAGUGCGCCCAUUGGCUGAGCAGAAAAGAAAGCAGCUGUGUGCAUUCGGCGCGGUUGCCAUGGUAAUUGUAAGUAGCUGGGGUCGUAGGUAGUUGGCGCACGACGUAGUCAUGUCUGACAGCGAAUUUAGCAAUAGCGACGAAUCCCUGUCGCUCAGCGGUGACGAGAAUGAUUUCAUUGACGUCGAUCGGCUGAAUUACGAGGAUAUCGACGAUCCUUACGAGGCUGACCCUUUGCCACAACAACGUGGUCAACAAGUGGAAGUUGUAGACGAUAUUCAACCGAUUGACUUUAGGUGCAUGUGUAGCCAUUGCUCGCCGCAGGAGGUUGACGAAUAUGUGUAUUGCAUGGCUGUUGAUCGCGUGGUGCCUGUUGUUAACGGCGCCGGCGUUCGCUGCAUCACGCAACAUGUGUUGUUCCCCGACUUCUGUACACGCCGGGAACUUUUGAUAGUUAACGGCGCUCCGUAUCGGCGACACAGCCGUGAGCUACGGCCACUGGAUCCGAACGACAACAGGUGCAUCAGAUAUGCAGCAUAUGCAUGUUUCACCAAUUGGAUAUGGGGGUACCUUGGCCCAAGGAACAGACGUCAGAUUCCAGGCUGUGUUGUGCGCACUAUUCGGAACCUGUUCCCAUCUGCCACGUACACAGGCUACUUCCCGUGAAAGGGAUAAAAAAUUGUUGCCAACACCACUGCAGGAAGAACAUGGUCUUGGAUGGACUUCUGAAAGAUGCUGUUAUCGGUAUCCACCCCAGGAAGCAUUGGAAGGUUGUCAACCUGGUGGGCAGAGGCAUUCCAUUCAUCGUCAUUGUGCCAGGAGGAGAUGACAGACACAAAGAUCCACAUAAGCUGAUCUACGUCGAGACCUUCACUUACCCCUCGUCUAAGGAAAAAAAGGCCCUUUUCAGGGCCAUCCCACAUGCCUGUAGCAAAGACCGUGCCUCUGCAUAGAACAAGCCCUUAUCUUCAUUACUUUGCAUCAACAUUUCUAGGAAAACAUUGUGGAAAUUCCCACAAAUAGGGAAAGCUUCAAUAGAAUACCAGUAUGACCAAUAGACAGCUUUACGCAAACACGCAAUGUCAUAAGAUUGGAGCUACUGAUUCUAUUGAUGAACAUGGCAAAUUUCCAAAUCUUUCUCUCACACACUUUUUUUUGCAUUUAUCUACUACACAUGCAUUGUUUCUUGCAGGUAUCACCUAUGCAAUAGUGCGUAGUUUGUCAAAUGAAUAUAGGAGCAACUUGUCUGAAGCAGUCAGUGGGACGGCAAGCCACGUCUUCUUCACCUUGGAUGGUUUCAGGCGGUACUGCUUUGCACCAUCUUCCACCAGCUGGACGCGGUCCGCAUUUUCGUUAUAAUGCAAGAUUGCUAGUUGUGUUCUGACAAGAAACAAUGCAUAUUGCUUGUGAUUUCACCUUGCUAGCUUCUUUCUCUAUAACAUCAGAACCUUCAAGUGCUAUUAUUACCUCGCACGCAUUCCAGCAUCUGAGAAGCCAUGUGUUUUUGGCAGAAAAUGAAGGAGAACGCUAUGAAAUGCUUCCAGGCCAAAUGUCUGAUUUGUAGAUGACAGCAUCGGAAUGUCUUUCAGAAGUGUAGGAGCCAUCAGUAUAUCAUGCACGCGCAUGUAGGUCUCACUUUCUGGAAUUAUAUGUCAUGAAAUUUUACUACACAUCAUUCUUUAUAGAUUUUCAAUUGCUCACCUUCCUUCAGCUUGGAAUGGGGGGGACAAUUUCCAUUGGGGGGGACACUGGCCCGUGGUAGCAGACAGGGUACCGAGGGUCUUCGUGUUGAUGGACGUCAACGAUAUGGUUCAUCAAGGACACCCAUUUAGCCCGGCACAGUUCACCAUCAUCCCCACUGGUUUUGGGGCACCAGUAGGCAUGCCGAACUAUACUCUCGAUCCACAGCUGCACCACCUGAUGCUUUGCUGUGCGACCGAGAGCAAGAAGUUUCUUCUUGAUACCUGUUAUAAGCACACAUGUAAAAUUUUUCUGUAAGCUUCAAUUUCACUGUGAUUUCACCUUUGACAACAUGCCACACAUCAAAUCGAUGCUUAAUGUGGGGGCACAAGUCUCUCAUCAUGGCUUUGAUGCCUGUGUGCCGAUCCGUGACAAGCAUGUCUACUACCAUGUCAUGCACCUCGAGAAAUGCAAGACACCUUUGUAGCCCAUGCUUCUCCAUGGCGUUGCUGCUUGUCACCUCUGUGACCUAGUAGUUAGAAAGAAAUCCAGUGAAUUCAUCAAUGUAUACUGCUAAAAAUCUGUGAGGUAUUAAAGCGUUUACAGGGCCGACUGCCACGUGGA